UUAGACCUAACGAUAGAAUUGAAAGUGUAUUUAAACCUAAUGACAGAAUUGAAAGUGUAUUUAGACCUAACGAUAGAAUUGAAAGUGAAUUUAGACCUAAUGACAGAAUUGAAAGUGUACCUAGACCUAAUGAUAGAAUUGAAAGUGUAUUUAGACCUACUGAUAGAAUUGAAAGUGUAUUUAGACCUAAUGAUAGAAUUGAAAGUGUAUUUAGACCUAAUGAUAGAAUUGAAAGUGUAUUUAGACCUAAUGAUACAAUUGAAAGUGUAUUUAGACCUAAUGAUACAAUUGAAAGUGUAUUUA